AUGUAUAAAUGUCAAGUACUCUCUGCUCAUGUUGCUGGUAAAGUUGCGAUGAAAUCUUACUUGAGUGGAAUGCCGGAGUGUAAAUUUGGUAUAAAUGACAAGAUCACCAUCGAUGGUAAAGGAAAGGGCGCUAGUGAUGAUCCAAACAAAGCGGCUCGAGCUUCUGUAGCUAUAGAUGACUGUCAGUUCCAUCAAUGUGUGAAACUUACGAAGUUUGACACGGAACAUGCUAUUUCAUUUAUUCCGCCGGAUGGCGAAUACGAACUGAUGAGGUAA